AUGAUUGGAGCUCAUACAGGUCUCACGAAGAAAAUCUUCGCCUACAAACCUAUCGACCAGCCAGUGGAAGAAAUCCAGCCGCCCAAGGACCGUGCAUUUUUCGCUAACUCGGAAAAAACUUCUCUUCUUUCGGCAGUUACUAAGGUCAAACAUUUAACGCCGUACAUAGGCACGGAGUUGCAGGGGGUACAGCUGAGUCAAUUAAAUGAAAAGCAGAAGGACGAACUGGCUUUGUUAGUUGCAGAAAGGGGUGUCGUGUUUUUUAGAAACCAAGACCUCACGACCGAAGGACAACACGAAUUCACCAAGCAUUUCGGCAUUCAAGAUCGAGAUCCAAACCAAGUGGAUCCACGUCAUGUCACUAUUCUAGGACGCGGAGGCGACAUUCGCUCAUACGACCACGCAAGUGGCGCGUUCGCCGAGUUCCACUCCGAUCACUCCUUCGAAAUUAAUCCGCCUUCCUAUACAUUGCUUCGGGUAAUCAAAACUCCUGAAUAUGGUGGUGAUACUAUCUGGACUAGUCAGACAGCAUUGUUCGAUAAACUCAGCCCGACUUUUCAAAAAACUUUCGAAGGGCUUCAUGCAGUUCACAGCUCGGAGCAUAUUUUCAUAAACACCGUGAACAGUGGCGGAACCUCUUUUCGGUUGCCAGUACGCAGGGAACACCCUCUGGUCCGUACCCACCCUGUAACCAAACAGAAGGCACUUUUCUAUAAUCCCGCAUUUGUAAUCAACAUCGCCGAACUCAAAGCUUAUGAGUCCUUACAUACUUUGAAUUUCCUUCGUGAACAUCUCCAUUCAGCGGAUGACUUAACUGUCCGUUGGCAUUGGGAAGCUGGCAGCGUGGCACUUUGGGAUAAUCGCGUUGCCAUUCACCGUGCAGUGCCCGGUGGUUAUAACACCCAAGAAAGAGAAGGCAAGAGGACGGCGGUUUUUGGUGAGAAGCCUGUUUUUGAUCCGAACGGUAAAACGUUAAGUGAGUGGCUGGCCGACCACAGCCAGGAUGAGGUGCCUGUUAUCAAGACUGGGCUGGAUGGGUUUUAA